AGCCGGAGGACUGGGAAGGUUUUCAAGAGCAACAGAAGAUGACUAAAAAGGCAAUACGCAGAGAAAAAAAUGAGGGGUUGGAGUCGAAGAAUCAGAGUGCUUUCUUUGAAAAUUGUCUUGAUGUGUCCAUCCAAGCGUCAACUGGAGGAAAAAUACAAGUAUCUCUUCAAACAAGUAGCUGAACCCACAGAUUUAUGUGACCAACGAAGCCUGAGCCUUUUGCUUCACAAUGCAGUCCAGAUCCCUCGGCAGCUCGGUGAGGUACCUUCAUUUGGAGGCAGAAACAUUGAACCAAGUGUCUGCAGUUGCUUCCAACAUGUAAGUGUGCUCUGCGCCAAUUCAAUAGAGAUUGAUAUUAAACACUUUGUAGAGUGGAUGAGAUUGGAGCCUCGAUCCAUGGUCUGGCUGCCUGUUCUACACCAUGUGGCAGCUGCUGAAACUGCAAAACAUCAGGCGAAGUGUAACAUCUGCAAAGAGUACCCAUUCGUAGGUUUCAGGUACCGCAGCCUCAAACACUUGAAUUAUGACAUGUGCCGAAGCUGUUUCUUUUCGGGGCGCACGUCAAAGGGGCACAAGUUACAUUACCCAGUGGUGGAGAACUGCACUCCAACAACAUCAGGUGAAGAUGUGCGUGAUUUCACCAAGGUGCUGAAAAAUAACUUCAGAUCAAAGAAAUACUUUGCCAAACAUCCUCGCUUGGGUUAUUUACCACUACAAACAGUCCUAGAAGACAAGGAAAUAUUGGUGAUGCAAUGAAGAGUUUGAUGAUAAAAUAUAAUUACUGUUACGGUUUCCUCUUGGACGAAAUAUUCUCAUCAAAUUGACUGGUCAAGGAAAUGGGACACUGACUGUGAGUACUUUGAGUGUUUAAGUGAUUCCUAAAAUGAAAAUUAUGACCUUGAUUUCUCUUGCAUGCAGAUAUGAAGAGACUAUUUUAAAAAUCCUCUCGGUUCGUGGUUCAGGCAUAAAGGUGUCACUUGUAUAUUUAUGUAUAUACAUGUACAUGUGUAAUCUGAAAAGAAAAUGACGAUAAAUCACUUGUUACAAGGUGAGAAUGAGUUAUCCAGAUAGUAAGAACUGCCAAAGUUGGUGUCUGAGAUAACACAUUGUGGAGCUGGGGGAAUGCAGGCAGCAUCAGAGGCUCAAGAAAGUUGAUGUUUUGGGUCAGGACCUUUCCUCCAAAAUGGAGGGUGGACGGGAGCUCAGAAACAA